AUGUCCAAACAGCUCUGCAGAAUCCCGCAAGAAUUAGGCAAAAUGGGUAGCAUAGAGAAGCACAUUGCGUCAGGAAUGCGGAAAGCCACCGACACAACGGUCCCCGCAGGGAGUCGCCAGCCGCCCCCACGCAGAAAACAGCCAGCUACCCAGGCUCCGACGCAGGGAAGCGCUGCGCGAAGCACCCAAAAGCUGCUGGCGCGCGCUCCGCUCCAAACCCGAGGCCACGGGCGACAACAGCCUGCAAGCGGCGUGCCGUGUGUAUGCGCCUCGCCCCGAGCACGCCAGCCACGAAAGCGGACGGCACCGUGCUCAGCACACACCGGAACGCCAGCCACACAAAGCCGUGGGCGGCGGGAGCAGCACGGCACCCAAAGCACUGCUUUCCGCCACCGACCCCGACGAAUGCGAGGAACCCCGCCCCCCACAACCAUGGCAGAGCCCAAACGCACCCCACGGCUGUUGCCUCUUGGGACCGGCACCCGGCUCCGACGGAAUACGUGGAAAGGAGCCGCGCCAUCUAGGCCGUGCGGCGCGGCGUGCCGUCUUCCGGCUGCUCAAUAG